AUGCGCAAUCUUCUAAUAUUUCUUUUCUGUAUUUCGGCGGUUUAUGGGCUGACAAAAAAGCAUUUAGGCAGAAAGAUCCACGGAAAUUCACCCAAACAGUCAGUUGGAGACUUUAUCGGUUGUCCUUACAACAAUGAUUUUUACUACAAUGGCGUCAUCGCCUCGCCAUUAUAUCCGAACGUCUACCCUCCAAAUGACAAAUGCUGGUACUAUCUCCAGGCCAAGCCGGGAAGUGUUUUGAGCAUCAACUUUACCCACUUUGAUCUUGAUACGAACGAUUUCAUUACCAUCUAUGAUGGUCCAACCGAUAUCUUCCCGGUUUUGGCCCAGCUUGGCGGGAAUGUUACCCAGCCCCAGGUUUACUACUCAUCCGAACGGUUUGCUCUCGUCACCUUUACCUCAUCGGCAACCGGAAAUCCGAAGAGCGGCUUCUCGUUCAACUACGACUCUGUCUACACUGCCUACCCGUGCAACCGCGAUAUUUUACUGGGAAUCAAUGCUAUGGGGGGACUAAAAAAUUCUGCAAACUACUUGAGGCAACUCAGCUUCAUCUCCAAUCUCAUUUCCAACUGGACGAUUGGAAUCGACAAGGUUCGAGUGUUCAUCAACCUGCAGACAGAUGCCGACUUUGCGAUCGUGUUCCCCGCCACCGACCCAGAUAUGCUAACCACAGCUGGUGUACAAAAGACCAUCAUGGACCUUAGCGAAUAUGCUCCAAAUAUUGUUGACAAUGAUACUGUCACCGACUUUAAUGGAAUGUUCCGCUACCUCGAAGAUGAUAUUUCGUUCCAUCCUGAAGAUAAUGGUGAGCGCGACUAUACGCAAAAGGUCGUUAUCCUGUUUGUCGCGACGAAUGCAAAUACUGAUCAAGACUAUAAUGAGGCUUGGGAGUACGCUCACAAGAUGAAGAAUCGGGAUGAUACAAAGGUAAUCAUCGUGGCCAUGGGACCAAGCCUUGACGUUGCGCGGAUCGGCAAGCUUGCUUACGGCGAGGGCUUCUAUUUUGCCGCCGACUACAAAGAUCUGAAUACUUUGACUAGUAAGGUGAACGCGGCAAUUUGUGCCGGCUUGGACAGCAAGUGUGGACCG